AGUUAAAAAGAAGUUUAAAACUUUCAGCCAAAUUUUACAAAUUAAUGGGGAAGGUAAUCUGCAACGUCUUAUAUAUACUAUGGUAGAGAGGAGGGCUAAAAAAUAAAAAUAAGAUAUUGAAAUUGGAAUAAAAUUUUCCAUAUUAUUUGAGAACGUAUUCUAUAGUUCUAUAAAUAUGUGAAGAUAGACAGAUGAAGAGUAGAAAACAAAAAGAAAAUAUUGAAAUUGCAACGAAAUUUUUUAUAUUACUAAAGAACAUAAUAAAAUCUGAUCUAUAUAUGUAAACAUAGAUGAUGUGUGGAAAAUGAAUAGAAAAUAAUGAAGUUUUAAGGAAAUUUUCAAGAAAUCCCACAUAUUACUAGAGAGGAUAAUGUACGAUAUGAUAUAUGUAUAAAGAGAUAUGAAGGGUAAAAAAUAAAACAAAAUUUUCGAAAUUUCAAGAAUAUUUUCAAGAAAUGACAAAUAUUGAUAGAGAAUUUAUUGUAUACAAUCAUAUAUAUAUAUAUAUAUAGGAAAAGAUAGAUAAAGCAUUGAUAAUAUAAAAAUAAUUUGCAAAUUUUAAAGAAAUUUUCGAUAUAAGUAGAAAAGAUGAUGUAUACUAUCAUACAUAUAUAACUACACAUGGACCGUACAAAAUAAAAAGAAAAUUUUGAAAUUCUAGGGAAACUUCAGAAAUUAGUAGACAAGAUGAUUUAUAUAGUCGUCCACAUACAAAGAUAGAUGAGGGUAGAAACGUAAAACUAAAAUUAUAAAAUGGAAGGUAGUUUCCAAGAAAUUUAUAAAGUCUCUCCUUGUUACACAUGCUAUGUGUAUCUCGUAUUUAUAUAAUAUUAUAUAUUAUAGACUGUAAUAAUCUUGGAGGGUGGGUGUGAGUGUAUAUCUUCUCUUUUUCUUCAUUCACGCAUCCACACCGUACACCCACACCCACCCUCCUAUUCAUAAUUUCUAUCUCAUUUAACUUUUUAUAUACAACAUUUAGUUACUUAUAUAUCAGCUUGGCUUAUUGUUGCUGUCACAUUCGAACGUUCUGUAGUUUUUCGAUAUCCGUUUCAAUCUAUACGUUUAUGUUGUAUGCAUGUUGCAUAUUCAAUACCAAUAAUAUUCUUUCUAUUUUUUCCAGUUCUGCAGUAGAUUGCUUUUUUCCAGUUGAUUUGUUUGAUACUAAUAUAUUAACAGAUGGAGAUUAUCAUCCAGAACAUCUUGUUUGUGAAAUAGUUGAUCAUCGAAAAUUAUUAUCAUUUGUUGAUUUAUAUUUUCAUAGUAUUAUAUCAUCAAUAUUAAUUAUUAUAUUUAAUAUUUUAAUUAUUAUAGCCAUGUUUUAUACAAUUAUAAAACGACAUGAUUCUUUAUAA